AUGGUGCGCAAGUUCUCGAAAUUCCCCAAGAAGCCCGCAGACUGGGUGCCCCCUUCGGCGCCGCUGUCGAUGCGGAAGCAGGUAUUUCUACCUAACUUCACAAUCGCCCUCAUACGCACACCCUUCCUUCCCCCGCGAUAUGCCACAUUCUACGUGCCCUUGAAUUUCAACAAGCUCGAUAUGCGCGACUACCUGCAGCGCUUAUACGGCGUCGGUGUCCUCCGCAUCCGCAGUUACGUCGAGCAACAGAAAGUGACCCGCCUGCGGCCCCUGGGCAAGUUCGGAUACGGCCGUCUGAGGAGACCGAUGUCGAAGAAGAAGAUGACAGUGGAAAUGAAAGAGCCCUUUGUGUGGCCCGAGGCGCCGACGGAUAUGUCACCAUGGGAGAAGGAUCAGUACUUCAAUGCGGAGAAGUACCAGGAAGAAAUUCAGCGCUCGCAACGACCCGACGCUGCCAUGGAGCCCAACAAGGCCGAGCGCGAAGAAUACGCAAAGGAGGCGAAGCAGCUGCUGGACGGCACGAAGACCUGGAGACCGACUUGGCAGGCGUUGGGACUCAAUUAUGACCGGUCGAUAUUCAAAGCAGCCAAGGAUUCGGCUUCGACAAGUUCAUAG